CUUUGGCAGAGGAUGGGAUGUCAGGCGAAGAGCGGAGCAGGAUGACUGGGUUGACACAGACACUGCACCCGGCAAUAUGACAGGUCCCGCACGCUUGUACCAUGGGAUACUAAAUCCUGGCAGCUCGUUGGUUUAACUGGAAAUUUCCCAAUAAUCCUUUAUACUGAGUGUUCCUUGGGAAGAGCUGAGAGGGAGAGCCAAAGUGACAGCCUCCAACCACAGAUACUUGAUGGAAGGCGAAAGCAUGGAGUUUCUUGUGGCCACUUUACAUCGGCUGGUAUCUUGGGGUGCAUCUGCUGCCAUGAUCUUUGGAGGAAUAGUACCAUAUAUACCUCAAUAUAGAGAUAUUCGAAGAACUCAGAAUGCAGAGGGAUUCUCCACUUAUGUAUGUUUGAUGCUUCUGGUAGCCAAUAUAUUAAGGAUACUGUUUUGGUUUGGGCGCCAUUUUGAAUCCCCACUUCUCUGGCAGAGUAUUAUUAUGAUUGUUACAAUGCUGCUGAUGUUGAAGCUGUGCACAGAAGUACGUGUGUUAAACGACCUGAACAUGAAGCGCCGCUCCUUUACAGCCUCAGAUAGUAAGGAUGAAGAACUCAAAACUCAUCCCAAGAGAUUCUUUACGGAUUUCGACAUGAACUUCUUUUGGCAGUGGAGCAGAUUUACAGACUAUUUACAGUGCGUCCUGGCUUUUACUGGCGUGACUGGAUAUAUAACUUAUCUUUCCCUGGAUUCUUCACUCUAUGUGGAAGCAUUGGGCUUCCUGGCAGUUUUCACAGAGGCUAUGCUUGGAAUUCCUCAGCUCUACAGAAACUAUCAGAACAACUCCACAGAGGGAAUGAGCAUUAAAAUGGUCCUGAUGUGGACAAGUGGAGACACUUUCAAAACUGCAUACUUUGUCCUGAACCAAGCUCCUUUCCAGUUCACCAUUUGUGGUCUGCUCCAGGUCUUUGUAGACAUUACCAUUUUGCUGCAGGUUUAUCUGUACAGUGUCUACCCCCAGAAACCGGUACCACAUGUAGCACAUGCCACGGGUGCCAAAGCUCUUUGAUGAAGAUAAAGUAUAUAUUUGUAUCAAGUGCUUCCUGAGGAUAUUGCAACUGUAAUCUCUGCAGAUUGAAGAAUAUUUGACUAUUGUAACUGCAAUUACUACACAACCAAAAUGACUUCUUAUGCAAAUAUUAUAAAAACAACAGAGAAAGUGGAGUCUGCUACCAUAAGAUAAACUAAGACACCCUUGUAAAAAUGUAUUUAAGAUUACAGGUGGGCUUUAAAUCCGUUUUCUGCUAAUAUUUGUUUACACCUGACAUCAUGUGCCUAGGACAGUGACGGCUAACCUUGUCACCCCAGAUGUUUGGAAACUAUAUUUCCCAUAAUGCUUAGGCACUUUGGAGUCUAUUUGAGCAUCAUGGGAAAUAUAGUUCCGAAACAUCAGGGGAGCCAAAGUUAGCCGUCACUGGCAUUGGACAUGACUUGAUACUUGCUUGGUGUAAUAAGCUUUUGAUAGAAGUUUAUGUUGGUAAUGAAGAGCCUAUUAUGGGGAACAUUCUCUUAUAGUUGUUGAAAUGACUGCAUCAAAGAUAAGGUCAUUUAACAUUCUAAAUGCUUUUGUUUUGUAAUGAUACAAGGUAGCAACUACUAACCAUUAUUAUUAUAGUAACCAACAUACUUACAGCUUACUGCCAUUAGGGUCUCUCCUGCUAACAACAUACAUAAAUACCUGUACACGUUUGUUAUAAUUUAUUUGUAUACACAUAGUGAAGCAUCCAUACCCUGACAGGUAACACACAGUGUAUUUAUUGAAUGUUCACAUAGAAUUGACUGAACACUACUCAUUACUGGGUUUCUAAUAGUGAGUAACCUAGUUCUACACAAAGUAUCACAUAUCACCUUGCUGUAAGAUUUGCAAUCUAAACUUUAGAUCUCUUGCUUUUGUUUAUGCUUUUAUAGUCUAUAUGUCUAAUUCACUUAAUUUCCCCCUUCAAAAGAAUAUAUUAGAGGGAAUUACAUAUUCUUCAUAGGCUGUAAAACAAAAUCAAGAAUUUUAUUUUGUGAUUUAAUUGUUAAAAAUAUUGUCAUGGAGCCAUUUUUUUGUUGUCUACCGAGCUGAAUGAGGACGCCUCUGAGCACUGAGAAAUGUAAUUUGUAUGUAUUUAUAUAAUCAUUUUGAUUCCUGUGCGACAGAAUCUCUUGUUACCAUUAGUGUACAGACAGCAAGAAGGUUUGAUGGGAUUUAUACCUACAUGUACAAUAUGCCUGUGCACACCAUUUAUAUUAAAUCUAAACAAAAACGUAUUUAAAAUCGAUUUAUCAACCCUGUCUGAGUAUAUAGUGUAGGUAACUAUGCUCAAUGCUUAUAAAGUAUAGCUUUGUGAUGUUUAAGCUUUUUUACAGAACUUGUACAGUAAGAAGUAAAUAUGUUAUAUUUUAUAUUCACCAACCUUAGUGCUACUAUGCAGUAUAUAUAUAUUUGGGAAUGUUUUUGUAAGCCUUGCAAAAUGCCUCUUGAUUGGCUGUAAACAAUAUGUAUGCUGUGACCAUCUGCAGGUCGUGUUCUGUCAAUUUUCUAUAUGCAGAUGAUUCAUGUUUAAAAUAACAUUACAAAGCUUUUUAGAUCUGUGUUUUUAAUGUUUUAAAGGGAUGAUACAUGUCUCUUCCUUUUGUGAAAAAAUUGUGCUCAUCCACUUUUUCCUAGAGCGACCAAAAAGCAAAUACAGUAACCUAUGCUGCAAAAUGCCUCAAUCAGCUGUUUGCUUUUUGGUUUUGCUAGGAAAACUUGGACAAGCGCAAUUUUGACAUAAGAGCAAGGUUGUUGUUUUUUGUCCCUUAGCAUUUGCUGAACUAUGGGUUCUAUCACAAUCCUUUAGAAAACAUAUCAAAUGAUUUCUCUACAAAAAUCCCCAUAGACUUUAAUAUUGUUUUUUUCUGUUGAAAAUCAUUAGAUACGUUUUUCUAAAUGAUUUUAAUUGACCCUUAUAUUUAUAACGCUGUGUUGCUACUGUAUGAAAUGUAAAGCAACACUUACUUUUUUGGUGGGAAAAAAAAAAACCUUGACAGAGUUAUUUUUUAAGAAGCCUCUGCUGAGGGGUUUACAGUGGCAUGUAGCUAAUUAGUGGAAUUGUUAUACUUGUAUUGGUGUUGUUGAUACAUUUUGUUCUAAGCACCUCAUGUUCUCAGUAUUAAAAUUAGACAUGCACCUAACAAUUACAGUAUCGUCAUAAUGAAGCCUUGUUGGCUACAUUGGAAACCAUUAAAACUCAUCUUCAAAUACCUUUUGUGAGCAAUAUUCGAGAAAUCCAAUCUCCAUUGAAACUUGGUGACAGAGCUGAUGAAUCAUUUCUGUGCUUCUUCUAAUUCAUGGUCAGUUUUACCUUUUAAAUUGCAUAAAUACAAAGGGGGCUUGCUGCACCAGUAUUGGUGUUGUGCCAUAGAGACAUAUUUAUACUCUUCCUUUGAUUGGGUUUGAUUAAUUCUAGAAGGAAUUUUUAAAGAGACUUUAUGGCAAAGAUCAUUAAACUUGCUUAACAAUGUAGGUACUUACAUGCUCAUUAAAGUGUGUGUGUACGUGUAAAACCACACCAGGCAGGAGGUACUCAAGAAAUACAAAUUUAUAUUCAUUUUGGAAAAUUGUAUUAAUGUUGUGGUACUGAUUGGACACAAUGAGUUUGCUAAAUGUGAUGAGGGUUAUUAGUGUUACGGUUAACUCACUUUUUAUAGUUCUACUUUAUGUCCCUCCAUUGUUGCUUGCAAUAAUUUAAGAUAGUUUGUGUAAAUAUACAUUAAUAGAUUUUGCAAAUUCUCUAGAAGGAAAUAGAUAAAAGUAUAGAAUGGUUGGAAUGGGACAGUAUGCUAUAAUAAAAUAUAUAUUUCAAGUACAGUGCCAAACAAAAAUAGUGUCUUGUUUUGGCAAAUAAUAGUCUGAAUCAAGCAGUAUUUUUAUUUUAAUCUAUGUUAAAUGGACAUUGUGUUGUAAAAAUGAAGUGCUCUCUUUUAUUUUAGCAUGUACAUUUUGCACUACUAUCUGUGGAACUCUAUGGGGCCGAUUUAACAAGGGCCGAAUGGCCCUAAAUGUUACUGUUGUGUGCGAGCCAUCAGGCUCGCUGGAAACAGGAGUUAAGAAGCAGUGGUCUUAAGACCACUGCUCCUUAUCUCGUACACCUCCUCUGAGGCGGCGGACAUCAAUCCGCCCAAUCUCAUACGAUCGGGUUGAUUGACACCCCCUGCUAGCGACCAGUUGGCCGUGAAUCUGCAGGGGGCAGCAUUGCCCAAGCAGUUUACCAGAACGAUAAAUGCAGACAGUGUAUACUGUCCGCACUUAUCGAUGUGCGGCGAACAUGUUCCACUACAGCGGGCCAUGUCUGCUCGCUCUUUGUUAAAUCGACCCCUAUGUAUUUAACUCUUCUUCUGAGGUUAAACAACCAGCAUUGCAGCUCCCGAGUUGAGCACAGUUGGUGACUGAUGAGGUCACGCCGCUGCCUGUUUUCUGCUCUGGACCUGAAUCUCUCUGUGUUCCAAUGUCAGUAACAAAUUAGAGCAUGUCAUUUUUACACUACAAUGUGCUUUAAUGAAGGACAGUCUGAUUUUCAACAGCACCAUUACAGUAUCUAAAGUUUGUAUUCCUUUGAUCCUGCAGUGGGAUUUUAAGUGCCACUCCUUCAAAUUUACCAGUAAAAAGUCAAUGUUAAAAAAAAAAGCCAAAAACACAACUCAGUAGAAUUAUCCUAAUCCUUAUAGAAACAAUUACUGCAUUAAUCUAAUUUACAGAGGUUAAACACAGAUGUAAAUUCCAUUCUGGAGCUUUAAGCAGUGCAUCUCCAAUGCAGAAUGUAGCUGGUGAGUAUUGGCUGUGUAUGACUAUAGAAUGUAUGGAAAAAUUACAUUUUAUAAUGGACAUGUUAUCACACUGCUUGAUAAACCUUGUCUGUAAGGUUUUACAUAUAUAUCUGUGUGUGAGAAUUAAUUAAUUGGUUUUAGUUACAGAAUGUAGAAGUACAGUUGUAUUGUACAGUUCUUGGUUGCCUGAUGAUAAAAUAAUUAAAUUAAUUUUCUCUUUUUUUAACGUAAUAUAUCAGAAAAGUCACCUUAGUCUUCAAUGAAGCGUUUUAUAGGGGAAAAAAAGGUGAUAUUUUUCAACUGGUAUAAAAUAUACUUUGGGGUUAGAGUAAAGUGUUUCAGGAGCAGAUAAAAUUGUUGCUUUAACUUUACCCCUACGUAUGUUUUUGUUUUAAAAAUUCCUGUUUUAUACUAAAAAUGGAUUUAGGAUAGGUAAAGACGGUUCAUUUAGAUGGGAUAUGUUUUUACUGGUAUUUCCAGUAAAACUUUUUAAUUAAGGUGUGGUUUUAGUCUUUUAAAUUAUUGCAAGUAAUGGAUAAAAUAGUGUAGCUGUUGAGAUAUUUCAUAUCAGUGCAGCAUUUGAUACCUUUUAAUUUAACCUUUGAAAAAAUAGUAUAGAACGUUAAUAUAAUAGCAAGUGCCAGGUUGCUGCAAUGCAAAAUUAUUCAGGACAAUUUAUUACACAAGUAGAUCAAACUGAUAACAAUCUGCUUUGUGGGAUUUCUGCCAGUGAUGAAGUCAUCGCUGCUCAUCUAAACAAUGACCCAGUACCAGGACUUAAUAGAGAAAGAAUGACUGCAAGUCAAGGGAUGUAGACAGAGCGCAAGGUAAAGUAGCGGGAAAAUGCUCAGCACAAUAGAGAUGAUGAUGAAAGUGAACAGCCCAAAGUGUUGCAAAAUUAGACUUAAGGAAAAGCAAGUGAUUGAAGAAGUCAAAGUUAGGACCAAAAAGAGAGAAACAAUGAGACUUAGCUGAGAAAUGCUCCUGGUGGCAAAAUACAUAAUAAUAUUUAAAUGUCACUCUAUGAUAUGCACUGCACUAUAUGAUUCUCCUGUAUUUACUGGUGUUAAUCUGGUUACAAGUUUUUAUAUUAUUUACAAAUUGCAACAUUUUUUUAUUAGUUCACAUUAUUUUGUCGCUUUAUUACUAUGUUGUGUAGAUGUUUUUUUGUAUGAUAUAGCUUUAUAUAACUUAUACAUACACUGUACAAACAGCAAAUGCACAAUUAUGUGACAUUUCAUAAUAUGCUUUUAGGACCAUUUAUGGCUGCUUUUCAGAAAAGAUGUGUUUUUUUUUUACCUAAUGACCAAAGUGACCUUAUAAAUGUAUGCUAUGAGUUUUAUUUUUAUUUGAGAUUGUUGUCCUCUUUUUAAUCUAGACAUUGUGAAAUGUUACUGACAUCUCUGCAUGUUACAUUAGACUUUCGCUACUUAUACUUUAUAUUUGUGUUUAUCUGAUUCUAUUUUAUAACCAUUUACUGUUUGGGUGAACUGUACAGUAUUAGUUCUUGGUUUCUAUCAUAUGAACUAGUGUUGCCCCAGGACCUUUUUAGCAGGUGCACCACCCGACUGAUUUUACAGACUACCCAGCUAAAAUGUUAGCUAGUAAUAUUGCAAAAAAUAUCAUUAAAGGGACAUUCCAGCCAAAAUUGGAAUCCAUAUGGCUUCAUUUCAGUUUUGUAUAGAAACAUUUUUGUAAUAUACAUGUAUUAGCAGAAAUGCUUCUAAUAAGAGCUAUAUCUGUUUCAAAAGUUUACUAAAAAAUGUUGUCCACUUUAAUUUGUUCCCAAUGAUCCACUUUACCUGCUGGAUUGUAUUAAAUUGUUUACAGGUAUUUUCAUUAACCUUAUAUUGGCAUUUGAAAUAGUUGAUUAAGCCUGUGGUAUCCCCACCUAUUCUGAAAGUUUCUGGCCUUAGUCCAAGCUAAAGAUAAGCUGUGUAAACACUCCCAGCAGAGGAAAUUACACUCCCAGUGGGGUAUAGAAGAGAUAAGGUAAUAUAAUUGUUACUUUUUCCAUUGAUCUCUCCAAGUAUUGGUCUUUGGUUUAAGGACAGAUAUAAGAUAAAGAAGCAGAUAUACUCUAUGUACAUAAUGGGAUAAAGUAAUGAGAUCUGAUUAUACCUACAACCCCUUUUUUAGGUUGUGGCUUCAAACACACAAAAUCAGUUAUUUAAUAUACACAAAUAAACCUUAAAAAGCAAAUUCUCAUGCACUUUAUACUCUACAGUUGCAGAAAAAAAGUGAUUGGAAACACAUUAAGGGGAAAAUUAUUUUACAGUAUACUGUCCCUUUAAGUAUACACGGUGCAUGAGCAUUUUUACACAGCACUUGCUCAGAGAGCCUAAGGUGCUUGUGCCAUCUGUUAAAAACUCAAUUUGUUAAUUGCUGACAUGAUACAAGCCCCACUGGCACUCUGAGCAGCUGCAUUAUUUAAAAUUCUAGCUAUGCUUUACAUGUACAUGUAGAGGAAAAUGCUAACAUUAAAACAAUGAUAACUUUUACAUGUAUAUUGCAAAUGUUUCUAUUCAAAUUUUUGAAAAUUUGCAAAUUGUUUCUAUUCUAUCUAAGUAAUCGUUUAUUCAUUAACAAAUGAUGCAAUUAAUUUGUGCUUUGGAUAGCAGAAAAUGAUAUCAUAUUACACUGCCUCCACCCGGCUACUUCAUAAUGCCACCCGGCUUACAAAAGAUGCCUUUUAUGUGUGAAUAAAAAAAAACACAUAAUAGUGUAUCUGUAAAUUUACAAUUUUAUGACAAUUACUGCGGACUCAACUGCACUACCACACAGGUGACACAUCCCUUAAUUUAAGAUGGAAAUAUUGACUGCAUAGGAAGAGCUAACAGCUCUGUACCCUGCAAUAUCUGCCCCCAGCUCUUUUUGUCAUGGUCUCUGCAUUUCCUUCUUAUCUUUUGCCACAUGGAUGUAAAAAAAUCUUAUAAAUUGUCAAAGCCAGUGCAAGCAGUGUCAGACAUUUUUUUAAUACAACUCAGAAUUAUAUUGUAAGGAAAUACAAGUUAAGGUCAUUUUUAUUUUUUAACUUUGCAUUUAUUAUGGAACCUUUAUUGUAUUUGAUUUGAACAACCAGGCGCAAGUUUAAGUAUAGUGGUUUUGCAGAAUUUCAUACCAAAAGAGUGCCAUAGGAUUCCUUUUACUGUUGCUAUUUUAGUACUUGCAAUGCAUAUAAGACUGUAAUAUCUUGUUUGGCCAUAAUCCAUUGGUUUUAUAAACAUGUACAGCCAAAGCACCUCAGAAGUAAAAUAAAAUGUUAUUAAAGCUGUUUGUUGAUAUUUGUUUUACCUUACUUGUUACGUCUAGCGCCAAUUUGCUGAUAAGUGUAUUUUAGUUUUCAUAUAAAUUAUAAAUUCUGUUUAGCAUUGUGAGGAAUAGUCGCUUAAUAAAAUGGAAAAAGACUAGAAAA